AUGUUGUGGAGUCGCUGGCCUCCUCAGCUGGAGCGGAGAAGUUGUGAGGCUGGCCAAGGCGGAGCUGUGCUGUGGCUGGUGCUACAGGUUCGUGGAAGGGCUGUGAGGGUUGCAGGAGCCUCAGGUGGCGGAGCUACAGCAGAGGAGCUCGGGGAUGGAAAGGGAGAUGUAGUCAAUUGUUCAGCAAAGGAGAAUGCAGAUCUCUUUUAUGCCGUGCUUGGAGGACUUGGACAAUUUGGCAUUAUUACCCAAGCUAGAAUCGCUCUUGCACCAGCACCGGAAAAGGUGAAAGUGGUUGAGGCUAUCUACUCAAAUUUUUCCUUGUUUUCCAAAGACCAAGUAGAUUUGAUAUCUCGUAAUGACACAUUCGACUAUAUUGAGGGAUUUGCUAUGGUAAACAUAACUACUAAAACAACCAGAUAUCGAUUAAAAGUCGCCAAAUAUUUCAACCCAGAUCAGAGAAAUGCUACCGAUCAGGACUUGUUGUCUGGGUUGAGUUAUAAUCAAUCAACACUUACCAUAACAGAAGCUUCAUACACAGAAUUCCUUGAUAGAGUGCAUAUUAUUGCAGAGAUACCACUCCGAAAAAUAAAUUCAUGGAAUGUUCCUCACCCAUGGCUAAAUCUUAUGAUCCUUAGAAGCAAAAUUCAAGCAUUCAUAGAUGAGGUCUUUGGCAACAUUCUUGACUGUGAAACUAAUGGUCCUAUUAUAAUCUACCCAAUUAACACUGCCAUGUGGAACAAAAACACAUCUUUUGUUAUCCCAGAUGAAAGUGAUAUAUACCUUGUAUCUAUCCUAGCAGCAGCAUUUCCAUCUCCUGCGCAACAGGAUGACCUACAAAGAUUAUUAGAUCAAAAUAGAAGGAUUAUAGACUUCUGCGAGAGAGCUCAACUUACGGUAAAACAAUAUCUAGGAUAUCAAAACAACCAGGCUGAUUGGCAAAAACAUUUUGGUUCAUCUCGUUGGGACGCCUUCAAAAAGAGGAAAUCAGUUUAUGACCCAUUUGGAAUCCUUGCCCCCGUUUUCAAGAUCAACCUUUGUUCCAAACUUCCUAGUACUAGUCAGAGUGCCUCAAACUUGAAGACACCAUCCAGUUUACUGCCAUCAUUUGAGAAAUUAGAUCUAAAAUAUGGGUAUUUUAGCUCCGAUGAUUUGAAUGAAGCGGCCACUGAUUAUGGCAACAUAACCCAUAACCUCCCAUGGAGAAUUCUACAUCAAGCAUCAGUUGAAGACAUUUCCAUUCUAAUACAGUUUAUUUUUGGACUAGCUACAACAAGGCUAUCAGAUAUGACAGUUGCUGCAAGCGGCAAUCGUCAUUGCGCUCAUGGUCAAGCACAAGCCCUUAAUGGAGUGGUUAUUGAAAUGCAAUCACUACGAGGACCAAAAAUGCAAGUUAACAUUGGGGAUCAACCCUAUGUUGAUGUCUCGGGUGGAGAGCUAUGGAUAAAUGUUCUAAAUGAAACUCUUAAUCAUGGGCUCUCACCAAAAUCUUGGACAGAUUACCUUUAUCUCACUGUUGGGGGCACUUUAUCAAAUGGUGGAUUAAGUGGACAGGCAUUUAAAUAUGGACCCCAAAUUGAAAAUGUCUACCAACUUGAAGUUGUUACAGGAAAGGGAGAUGUAGUCAAUUGUUCAGCAAAGGAGAAUGCAGAUCUCUUUUAUGCCGUGCUUGGGGGACUUGGCCAAUUUGGCAUUAUUACCCAAGCUAGAAUCGCUCUUGCACCAGCACCGCAAAAGGUGAAAGUGGUUGAGGCUAUCUACUCAAAUUUUUCCAUGUUUUCCAAAGACCAAGUAGAUUUGAUAUCUCGUAAUGACACAUUCGACUAUAUUGAGGGAUUUGCUAUGGUAAACAUAACUACUAAAACAACCAGAUAUCGCUUAGAAGUCGCCAAAUAUUUCAACCCAGAUCAAAGAAAUGCUACCGAUCAGAAAAUCAAGGACUUGUUGUCCGGGUUGAGUUAUAAUCAAUCAACACUUACCAUAACAGAAGCUUCAUACGAAGAAUUCCUUGAUAGAGUGCAUAUUACUGCAGAGAUACCACUCCGAAAAAUAAAUUCAUGGAAUGUUCCUCACCCAUGGCUAAAUCUUAUGAUCCCUAGAAGCAAAAUUCAAGCAUUCACUGAUGAGGUCUUUGGCAACAUUUUUGACCGUGCAACUAAUGGUCCUAUUAUAAUCUACCCAAUUAACACUGACAAGUGGAACAAAAACACAUCUUUUGUUAUCCCAGAUGAAAGUGAUAUAUACCUUGUAUCUAUCCUAGCAGCAGCAUUUCCAUCUCCUGCGCAACAAGAUGACUUACAAAGAUUAUUAGAUCAAAAUAGAAGGAUUCUAGACUUUUGCGAGAGAGCUCAACUUACGGUAAAACAAUAUCUAGGAUAUCAAAACAACCAGGCUGAUUGGCAAAAACAUUUUGGUUCAUCUCGUUGGGACGUCUUCAAAAAGAGGAAAUCAGUUUAUGACCCAUUUGGAAUCCUUGCCCCUGGUCAAGGAAUCUUCCCAAGAUCCUCAGUGCCUAUCUCUUAA